GUUGGUCGGGCUGUGCACAGUGUGCAGUAGGGAAGAGAUGUUGGGAGGUUGAGGAUCGUACAUCGCCUAUGUGUGGACUGGACAGGGAGGCUCUACACUGGGAGCUCUCCAUGUCGGAGUGCAGGGCUGAGGACACCGAGGACAGUAUGGACAAGCAGAUGGCUCGCUGUAAGAUCGUGGUGGUCGGGGACACUCAGUGCGGGAAGACUGCUCUGCUCCACGUCUUUGCUAAGGACUGCUAUCCAGAGAACUAUGUCCCCACUGUUUUUGAGAACUACACAGCCAGCUUUGAGAUUGACAAGCAGAGGAUCGAGCUCAACAUGUGGGACACGUCUGGUUCAGCAUAUUAUGACAAUGUCCGCCCCCUGGCAUAUCCAGAAUCUGAUGCUGUACUUAUUUGUUUUGAUAUAAGCCGGCCAGAAACUUUAGACAGCGUUUUAAAAAAGUGGCAAGGAGAGACUCAGGAGUUCUGCCCAAGUGCCAAAGUCAUUCUAGUAGGCUGUAAACUUGACAUGAGGACAGAUCUGAAUACUCUACGAGAGCUGUCCAAACAAAGACUUAUUCCCGUUACACAUGAACAGGGUAGCACCCAAGCCCGGCAGAUUGGAGCAGUGGCCUAUGUAGAAUGUUCCUCCAAAGUGUCAGAGAACAGCGUGAGGGAUGUCUUUCAUGUCACCACUUUGGCCUCUGUUAAUCGCAUCCACAAGAACCUUAAGCGCAGCAACUCCAAGAGGGGACUGAAACGCGUAUCACAGCUACCUGGACGGACUGAAUUAUUAAAUGAGACAGAGAUGCGCAAAGAUCGUGCAAAGAGCUGUUCUAUCAUGUGAAAGUGUUCUGUCAGCUGUAAAUAAAGUGUAGAGGUAAACUUUGCACAGAGUAACAGGCAUCCAGCUGACAGAAUUGGCAGGUUUUUCUUUGCCUGGUGUUGCGUAAUCAUAGCUAGCCUUUGGACGAUGAUGUUUACAGCUAAUUCCGGGUUACAUAGAGAAAUAAUAGGUGACACAUGCAAAGCAGUGGACAUAUAAACAAAUUAACACAAAAUGCGCAUUGAAAGUUUGCUUUUUGUCCUGCUGAUUCCGUCCCCAUAACUGUAUUUAUAUGUGAACACAGCUCACGCCCAUUGUACAGAACUAAAUGAAGGCGUCUGUGUAAAGACUGUUUAGAGUGUGUAUAUAUGUAUGUAUGUUCAUAUGUAUAUAUACACACAGAUGGAAAGGUUUGGAAGGAUGUGAUGGUUUGAGAAAUGAUUGUUGCAAAGCUAUAAUUAAAUCAAUUUUAUUGUUA